CGCGCGACUUCCGGCAGCGGCGGCUGGUUCUGGCGCGCGCCCGGGGCGGCGGCGCGCGGCGGGGGUCUGUAGGGCUUCGCGCCGGCCGGAGUGGACGCCGCCGCGGCCGCCAUGCAUCUAACAGUGAAGGCGCUCCAGGGCCGCGAGUGCAACCUGCAGGUGUCGGAGGACGAGCUGGUGUCCACGCUGAAACAUCUGGUCUCCGAGAGGCUGAACGUCCCCGUCCGCCAGCAGCGGCUGCUGUUCAAGGGCAAGGCCCUGGCAGAUGGGAAAAGACUCUCCGAUUACAGCAUUGGGCCCAAUUCCAAGCUCAACCUAGUGGUCAAACCUCUGGAGAAGGUGUUACUGGAAGAAAGCAGCGCGCGGACAGUGGCCGAGGCCCCGCCCCCACCCCCGGCCACCUGGCCUCUAAUCUCCAAAGUCCUGGCCCGUCACUUCAGCGCCGCAGAUGCCAGCAGAGUCCUGGACCAACUCCAGAGGGAUUAUGAGAGGUCCCUGAGCCGCCUGACGCUGGAUGACAUCGAACGCUUGGCUGGCCGCUUCCUGCACCCUGAAGUGACUGAAGCUAUGGAGAAGGGGUUCUCCAACGUCUGCUUCAUCCCAGGCCUCUGCCUCAGGAUCAGAAGAUGGUUGCCUGCAGCUUCCACCAAAUCCCUCGAUCACAGCCAGCAAGGAGCACCUUCCCGACCUGUAGCGUAGCUUCUUUCUCAGAUGCCCCCGGCAAAUAAACGCUGUCCUUUCGUUGGUCAGAA